AUUGUUGAAGACAACAUUGUAAACGCAAGAGUUCUUUCUAAACAGCUAAAAAACCUUGGUUGUGUCGUGCAUGUUGCAAACCAUGGUGGAGAAGCUCUAGACAUUCUUCGCAAAUCAACCCACUGGAAUCACCAGGCAGACACCGAAAACGCUACUCCCGAGUCAGAACGAAUCGGAUUGAGCGUCGUCCUCAUGGAUCAGGAGAUGCCCAUCAUGGACGGGCUGACUUGUACUAGGAAGAUUCGAGAAUUCGAAAGAGAAGGAAAAUUUGUCCGUCACGUACCAGUCAUCGCAGUAACAGCCAAUGCUCGGAAUGAACAGAUUGAAACGGCAAUGAGUGCUGGCAUGCUGAUUCCCAAAAUCGAAGAGCUCAUGUCUAGGUAUCCGGAAGACUGA